ACUUUUGAAUUCCUCAUCUUCUUUACCCAAGCGGUCUUUGCACAGCCACACGACACUUACGAAUCACAGCCUCAAGGCUUUAUAUAUCAACAACAACGUUUACUCAACCCUUCACUCUACAACAAUUCGAUCAUGGCAUAUCAGAACGGCUAUCGCGCUGUCUCAUACUUUGUCAACUGGGCAAUCUAUGGCCGUAACCAUCAGCCGCAAGACCUACCAGCUGACAAGCUUACGCACGUUCUCUAUGCGUUUGCGAACAUCAAGCCUGAUUCUGGCGAAGUUCACCUCACCGAUGCAUGGUCAGACACCGACAAGCAUUAUGCUGGAGACUCCUGGAACGAUGUCGGCACUAAUGUCUAUGGCUGUAUGAAGCAGCUCUUCUUGCUCAAAAAGCGUAAUCGUAACCUCAAGGUUCUGCUUAGUAUUGGUGGCUGGACAUACUCGCCUAAUUUUGCUGGACCUGCAUCGACUGAGGCUGGUCGCCAGUGCUUCGCCAAUAGCGCUGUUGCUUUGCUCAAGGACCAUGGCCUCGACGGUCUGGAUGUUGACUGGGAAUACCCAGCAGAUGACGCCCAGGCCCACAACUACGUGCUUCUCUUGAGAGCUACAAGGCUUGCGCUGGACGCAUACUCGCAGUCUCUGCCAGGGAACCCACACUUCGCCCUCACAGUUGCUGCACCCUGCGGUCCUGAGAAUUUGCAUCGCAUGCAUCUUCGUGAGAUGGACCAAUACCUCGAUUUCUGGAACUUGAUGGCAUACGACUAUACAGGCACAUGGAGCACACAUGCUGGCCAUCAGGCCAACAUCGCCCCUUCUCGAGACAACCCGCAAAGCACCCCCGUUAGUACCGUGGAUGCUGUUAGCUGGUACACUCAGCAUUGUGGCAUUCAUCCAAGCAAGCUUGUCAUUGGUAUGCCGUUGUACGGCCGCAGCUUUGCCAACACCAGUGGGCCUGGCGCAUCGUAUUCUGGUGUUGAUUCUGGAGCCAGCUGGGAAGCCGGAUCUGGUAUCUGGGAUUACAAAGCUCUUCCUCGCCCAGGCGCAACCGAACACCAUGACCCUUCUGUCGGUGCCUCUUGGAGCUACGACUCAUCAACUCGUGUUAUGAUCACCUACGACAAUCCAGCCUCUUCAGCCGCAAAGGUAAACUACGUCCAGCAGAGAGGAUUGGGAGGUGCCAUGUGGUGGGAGAGCAGUGGAGACAGGGUUGGUGAGGGCAGUCUUAUCACUCUGGUUGUCAAUGGUAUGGGUGGCUAUGAAGGCAAGCAUAUGCAGAAAGUGGACAACUGUCUGGAGUAUCCACAGAGCAAGUUUGACAACUUGAGGAAAGGGUUCCCUGGCGAGUAA